AUGGACACAAAGUCUCUGGCGAAAUCAAAGAGAGCUCAUACUCAACACCACAGCAAGAAAUCACAUUCGGUUCAUAAGCCAAAAGGCCCAGGAAGUUCAGAUAACUCCAGAAAUCCGGAGAAGCUACAAGGAAAUCAAACAACGGGUUUGAAAAUAAAGACUCCGAUUCAAUCUCGACGGAUAUCUGCACUCCCUUCGAAUUGGGAUCGGUAUGAUGAUGACGAUGAACUCGAUUUGGGUUUGGAAAAUGCGUCUGGGGAUUUGUCGAAAAGCCAAGCAGCGGAUGCGAUUCUGCCGAAAAGCAAAGGAGCAGAUUAUCUGCAUUUGAUAUCUGAAGCUCAAGCUGAGUCUCAAUCAAAGAUUGAGAACAAUUCAGAUUGUUUAUCGUCUCUAGAUGAUCUUUUGCACGAUGAGUUUAGUCGUGUAGUUGGAUCCAUGAUCUCGGCUAGAGGUGAAGGUAUACUUUCGUGGAUGGAAGAUGACAAUUUUGUUGUGGAAGAAGACGGAUCAGCUUCAAAUCAUGAGCCCGGGUUCCUCUCCUUGAAUUUAAAUGCUCUGGCAAAAACGCUAGAGAAAGUGGACUUGCACGAGAGACUCUACAUCGAAGCCGAUCUUUUGCCACCCGAGCGGUGUACAUCCCAAUCAAAACUGAGUCGCGAUGAAGAACCGUGUCUUUCACACACAGCCCAAAACGUGGAAGCUGUGAUAGCGAGGGAUAAUAAGCUGGUUCAACAAGAAUCCAGUGGAGAGAUUGGCCCAAUUGUUUCGCAAGGCGAGUCAUUAGUCGUGGAGGCUGAGUCGCUGGAUCAAGUUAAGGACAUACCAAUACAAACAGACCAGUCAGAGAAGUCUUCAGCAAUUGAAGCUGAUCUAGAUUUCCUCCUCAACUCCUUUGGUGAAGUGAAGACUCAGCCUAACUCAGUUUGCAGCAACUCGAGGACAUCCAAUCAGAAUCCUUGUGUUGAAAAAUCUUCAGCUUUUGAAACAGAGCUGGAUUCUCUUCUCAACUCUCAUAACGGCGCAAAAUCAUUCAACAAGCCAGUGAAGCCAUCUAAUCACAAGCUUCAGACGGCAGGUUUCCAUGAUGUGCUUGAUGAUUUGCUCGAAAGUACUUCAGUGUCGAUAAAACCACAGCAGGACCAGACCUCCUCCUCGUCCUCGGUAGGAAAAUCCAAAGUUUUAGAUGAGUUUGAUUCCUGGUUAGACACGAUUUGA